CCGUGGACUCCUCCUGAGGAGGGUCAGGGUGAGAAGAGAGGGGAAGCGUCUCAUCAUCACACUGACACCCUCCUCCCACCUGAGAGCUCAUCUGGGUCUCCUGGCUUCAGAGUUACAACUUAGGCAGUUGGUCAACUGGUGCUGGACAUGGGGGAAUGGGAUCUGUUGGGCCGUCUCCUGGACAAGGUCCAGACCCACUCCACCGUGGUCGGCAAGGUGUGGCUGAGUGUCCUGUUCAUCUUCAGGAUCAUGGUCCUGGGAGCCGGGGCAGAGAAGGUCUGGAGCGACGAGCAGUCCGACUUCAUUUGCAACACGGACCAGCCGGGAUGUGGGAAUGUGUGCUACGACCACGCCUUCCCCAUCUCGCACGUUCGCUUCUGGGUCCUCCAGAUCAUCUCCGUCUCCACGCCAACACUGAUCUACCUGGGCCACGUUGUGCAUGUGAUCCAUAUUGAAAAGAAAGUGAGGGAGAGGAUGAAACAGCAAAGCCAGGACGAACAUGCCAACCUCUUCCUCAGGAAGAGUUAUAAGAUGCCUAAGUACAGUAAUGAUAAUGGGAAGAUUCACCUGCGAGGUCGUCUCCUGAGAAGCUAUGUUCUCCAUCUGUUUGCCAAGAUCCUGCUGGAGGCAGGCUUCAUCACAGGCCAGUACUUCCUGUAUGGCUUCACCCUCGACGCUCGCUACGUUUGUCGUCGCUUCCCCUGCCCACACCAGGUGGACUGUUUCCUGUCUCGACCUACGGAGAAGAGCGUGUUCAUCUGGUUCAUGCUGGUGGUGGCGUGCAUCUCCCUGCUUCUCAGCCUGGUGGAGCUGCUCUACCUGUGCAUCCGCUCUGUGAAGGAGUGUAUGGCCUGCAAGCAGGACUACACCGUGACCCCAGUGACCCCGCCAGUACUAGAGAGGAAGGCAUAUGAGAACAGGGACCAGAUGAUCCAGAACUGGGUCAACCUGGAGAUGGAGCUACAGAGCAGAAAGUUUCAGGGGGCGGGAGGAGUGGAGGGAGGAGGAGUGGAGGGAGGAGGAGUGGGGGGGGGGGGUCAGGCUAAGAGUGUGACAUCUGAGGACAACAUGGGGGAGGUUCAUAUCUGAUAUGGGGGGGGGGGAUCAGCUUUGAUACACACAAGUUUUUCACACACUCUGUACGCUGCCUGACUUGGGUUCUCUGGCAGUUUGUCCAUGUUCCUACUGCAGUUUAUCUCUACAAUCUCACCAUAUACAUGUAAUAAAUGUAGUUAAUACAU